GACUUGACAGUAGUUGUCAGUCGUCAUUAAAGGGUUGUUGUUUUUCAAUCAAAUUGUUAAAUUUAAUUAAAGAUAACGUGAAUAUAACAAUGCUAGCAAGAAAUAUUCACAGAAUUGGCCAAAGAUUAUUGAUUCAAAAUGGCCGAGCUCAUAUUCAAACAAAUCCGAAUGUUAAACCAUUAGAAAAUGUAAAACCAGAACUAAUUAUAACCGAUAACUGCGUAAAACGUCUCAAAACGAUCACAAAAAACACCCAAGAAGUCCUGAGAGUAUCGGUGGAUGGCGGAGGAUGCUCAGGUUUUACAUACAAAUUUAAUUUGGACACGAAAGUUAAUGAAGACGAUAAAAUAUUCAAGAAAGAUGGUGUGGUAGUCGUUGUAGAUAACAUUUCCUUAGAUUAUAUUAAAGGAUCUACAGUAGAUUACGGAGAAGAGCUGAUAAGAUCUUCAUUUAGAAUAGUAAACAAUCCUUUAUCCGAACAAGGAUGUUCCUGUGGAGCAUCUUUUGCAGUACGACUAGAUUAAAUAUCUAUAUUGUUUAGGCAAAUUAUUUUAUUUUGUGAUACUUUGUGUGAAUUGUGAUAUACAUAGAUUAAUAUAUUCUUCAAAAAUAUAGUGACUAUUAAAGCCACCCUUGUGAAAAUUGGGAUGGGAUUAGAAUGUGUGCACUGAUGAGAGUCUGAAUCCAAUUGAUUUCAAAUCUACAAGUUUGACUGUCGAAGCCAUGUGCCUUGAUACCUAACUGUUAGAGGCGCGAAUGACUAUUGUCCAAAGGUUCAAUCCCUGGUCAAUGCAUUUAUUUUUUUCUCUCAGCUUUUUCAAUUUUUCCUGUUUUUAUUUUAGGCAAUAUGGGGGUGUAUUUUUUAUAAUUUCUUAGGGUAAAUUGGAAUUUAUACAGGGUCCCUACUAUUUCAUAGGGAACAGUAUUGCUAUUUCUUAAACAGUAUCAGAUAGAAAGUUGAAUUAUUUUUUCGCUUUAUUGGUAAUAAUUUCGCAAUUUCUUUAUAAAUUGUUGCCACAUGUAAGUAGUUAUUAUUUUCGGCAAGGAAUUGAUUUUGUUUAUAAUUUUAAAUUUUAUUAGCUAUAUGGGCACAUGAGAUUAUAAUUUUUUUGAUGAAACCUGG